AUGGUAUUCACAUCCCCAGCAUGGUGCAGCCAACUGCAAAGGGCGAUCCCGGAGACACAGCUCGUCGGCGACUUCGUCCUAGAAGGCAACGGCACCGACAUCGAGACCGGAGACAAACCCCUCCUUGUCUGCGCCGCAACUGGAAAGUCAUACACCAUCAGCGAUCUCGCGAACAGAGUCGAUCUUCUGACACGGGGCUUGAUACGCGCCCUCGGAUGGUCUCCCAACGAGGGGGCCCCUGAGGAGAAGGUUGUGGGAAUCUGUUCGUUCAAUGCGAUGGACUUCGUGCCCCUAUCCUGGGCCAUCCAUCGCAUGGGCGGAACAUGCCUGCUCCUCCACCCGACGUCCUCAGUCGCAGAACUCCAGAGCCUCAUGCGCCAGGCCAACUGCAAGGCCCUCUUCACCUGCAACGACCUCCUCCCAACAUGCCAAGCAGCCCUCGAGGCCCUGCACCUCGACCCUUCGCAUCUCUUCCUCCUCGAGCUGCCCGGAGACGAUCAAACACAGACACAGCCCGCCUGCACCACAGUAUCCCAGCUGCUCGCCGCCGGCUCGACUCUCCCCCCCGUGGAAACGGUAACCCUAGCAGCCGGCGAAAGCAAGCACCGCGUCGCAUACCUGUGCCCAACAAGCGGAACAUCGGGCUUCCAAAAACUCGCGCAAAUCACGCACAGCAACAUCGCAACCAACAUCCUCCAAGCCGUGACGCUGGACGGGUUCGCCACGAGGACCGCGCCCGAGGUCACGCUCGGCAUCCUCCCGCUCAGCCACGCGUACGGGCUCGCGGUCCUCAGCGUGCUCCUGUACCGCCGGGACACGGUGAUCCUGCACGCGCGCUUCGACAUGCCCGCCGCCCUGCGCUCGAUCCAGGUGUACCGGAUCCAGCGGCUGUACGUGGUCCCGGCGAUUGUGGCGGCGCUGGUGAAUAAUCCGAUCUUGUUUAAGCUGGCGGAUCUUUCGUCUGUGAGGAGCUUGGUGGUGGGUUCGGCGCCGUUGAGUGGCGAGAUGGUGCGCGCGUUGAGGGCGAUCAGGCCCGAGUGGGAUGUCAUGGGGGGGUAUGGCCUCACUGAAGCGGCGGUCAUUGUCUCCUUGACGAGCAAGCAUAGCAUUUUCCCUGGGUCCGUGGGGAGUCUGCUACCGCAUGUCGAAGCGCGACUUGUGGGUGAGGACGGCGCAGAGAUCGUGGAGUACGAUGUGGCUGGGGAGUUGCUUCUGCGGUCUCCCAGCAUCAUGAAGGGAUAUCUGGCUGAGGGUGCGACGGAUUUAGGGGCGUUUGAUGCGCACGGGUGGUUGGUUACCGGGGACAUUGCGUGUUUCCGGAAGGGCGCAGAUGGCGAGGAGCAUCUGUUUAUUGUGGAUCGGAAGAAGGACAUCAUGAAGGUCAAGGGCAUCCAAGUUGCUCCGGCGGAGAUUGAAACGCGGCUGCUCAGCCACCCAGCGGUCGACGAGGCUGCGGUGUUUGGCAUCAACGACGACGAGGCAGGCGAGCGCCCAUUCGCGUUCGUCGUCCGGUCAAAGACGGUCAACGUCGACUUGGAUGAGAAGGCGCUGCGGCAGAGCAUCCACGGGCACAUCCAAGAGACGCUGAGCGAGCCGUUCUGGCUGCGCGAGAAUAUCAAGUUCGUCGAGGGCAUCCCCAAGAGUCACAGUGGGAAAGCGCUGAAGUUCAAGUUGAAGGAAUUGAUUUAG